AUGUCUCAGCAUUCGAAAAAUAACGGUCCCCACGACUAUAGGGCUAUGGAUAUUGAUAUCCAAGAAAGCAAUGUGAAAGGUGACGAAAAUGAACCAAAAGUCCCUUCGGAAUCUCAACAGCAGAGACCAGACGCGAAGAAUAAUGGGGAGCAAUACAAAGAUAUCCCCGCAAACAGCCGAUUUAUGCCUCAAUCUGGAAAACCUGCGGGGGUUCAAUAUGACAAACAGAAAAAGAGGCAAGAAGAACGUCGCAAUGAUGUUUCUGCGAGUAGUCGGUUCAUGCCCCAGGCUGGAAAACCUACAGGGACAUCUUCAAUUUGA